AUGGCAGUGACUCUCCGUCUGCUCGAAAGUGGGAUGGUCAAAUCCAGCUGGAUGAGGACGAUUCCACAGAUGAUGAUGGUUGAAGCCAAAAUAGAUGCUGUACUAGCUGACGCGCGUGGCGUAUCAUCAUCAAUGGAUGAAGAUGGGGAAGUACCUCCGACGCACCAACUAAGUCGAGGCAAUAGUUGGUCAGGAUACGCUCCGUCUCCUUCCCAUCAAUCAAAUACUGCAACCCCCAGCUAUGUGCCUACACCUGUUGCAAAAGAGGAACAGGCUUUUACUUCGGUUACGAAAAUUCCGGAAAGGUGUCGCUUUUGGCCUGCUUGUCGACAAGGGGAAAACUGUGCUUACACGCAUCCAACCAAACAGUGCAUUAAUUUCCCACAUUGCUCAUUUGGCGCUCGGUGCCUCUAUAUCCAUCCUCCAUGUCGAUUUGAUCGGAACUGCGCGAAUCCAAACUGCCCGUACACUCAUGGAAGGAUCGCCGCAGCAUUAGCUCCCGUAACUACUGCCACUUCAGUGACUGUAGCGUCUCAGGUGAGCAAGCCUGCUCCUCAGCCAGUGGUCACCUCAUCGACGAACACAGUCGCUGCUCCGGACUCGACGAAAAUUUCACCAGAUGUCCCUCUGUCUGCUGAGCCCAAUACUGUUCCCAGCUUAGCAUCACUCACUCCUUGCCUAUACGGUAAUAAAUGCAAACGGCCAAAUUGCGCUUUCAAGCACCCGAAGGUUUGUCAUUAUGGCUCGUCCUGU